AUGGCGUCUCAAUAUAUCCCUUGUAUCACGGCCAUGCUUCUCCUUCUUCCCGUCCUCCUUGUCCUCCUCGUCCUCCUUAUCCACCUCGCCCUCCAAGUCCUACUCGUCCUCCUCGUCCUCUGUGUCCUCCUCGUUCUUUGUGUCCUCCUCGUGCUCCUCGUGCUCCUCGUGCUCCUCGUGCUCCUCGUGCUCCUCGUCCUCCUAAUCCACCUCCGCCGCCUCCUCCGCCUCCUCCUCCUCUUCCACCUCUUCCGCCUCCUCCACCUAAUCCGCCACCUCCACCUCCUCCACCUCCGCCGCCUCCUCCGCCUCCUCCGCCUUCACUGCCUCUUCCGCCUCCACUGCCUCUUCCGCCGAGGUGGCGGAGGCGGCGGAGGGGGCGGAAGAGCUGGAGGAGGCGAAAGAGGUGGUAGAGGCGGAAGAGGUGGAGGAGGCGGAAGAGGCGGAGGUGGCGGCGGAGGUGGCGGAGGAGGCGAAGGAGGCUGA